AUGGUAGACCAUACUCGGGCCGUCUUCACCUCAACUUUGGCCAAUGGUGACUUUGUGCACGCCGAGGAUCACACCACAGCUAUUGUUGUUCUUCUCAUCAUUCUCAUCUUCUGUCUGUUGAUGGCAAUGUUUGUCUGUUAUCUCGGCUGGUCUGGUGUUGUCACGGAUAUGAGCGAUUCACGUGUCGGAGAUGGCACACUCGUUGGCUACGACCUUGAGGUGUUUGGACCGGUGGACUGGUUUGAUGACGAAGAGGAGAUGCAACUUGCUCCAGGCAACCCAGCCAUAAUUCCUCGUUGUGUCGAAGCUUGA